UAGACAGCUGUCAAAAAUGAUAUCUAUUCACAACCGAAAUGCUGUAAAAAUUUUCAAACUCAUCUGCCUUUAAUAAAACCAAUGUAGUGCAUCACGUAACCCUCUAAACUGUGCGUUGUACAUCAUGGAAACAGAAAGCAACGCCCUUAUUGAACAACUACGAAUAAAACACGAAAAUCUGUCUAAUCAAACCGCAACCCGGGAGACUCCUCAGGGAGUUCGAGUGAGGCUAAGAGCGUUGCUUGUAGCGCUACUUGGAGUUUCAAUGUCUGCUUGUGCUUUUGCCUCUCAACCUGUGGAAUUAGAACUUGACGAUGAAGAUGUCGCCCAACGGUUGAAUAACGUCAGCUUUGCUAGACGAAUAACAAAGCCUACAAUACGGCUGUUGAUGGGCUACGGAAAAUUGAGUGCAGUUAUUACUGCUUUUACAUCUUUACUUUUGCUGGUUGCUGUUAUGUCAAAGCAGUCUUGGCACAGACGCGGUGCGCGCUGGUUGGCAGCGCCAGCGCUACUGGUGACAGCAUUGGAGAUAGCGUCUGACGCGAGCGACGCCAUUUUGGCAGCUCUACUCCGGGGUUCAACCGAGCCUUUCCGAGUGGCAGCGCAAACUAUUGCUGCCGCAAUCCUUAUUACUAUUGAGAUAUUAGUUUGGUUUUUCAUAGCAAAAUUUUUCGAAUACAAUCCACCCAUGUCUCUCGAAGAAACUAAAAAGGAUAUAACAAUUGAGCCUUAUCUACAAUGAAAGACGGAUUUUUUAUUUAAAUUUUUAUUAAAAUAAUUUGGACAAUAGACUUAAAAGCUUUGUUAUAAUACAUACCUACUUUCAUAGUAAAAUAGUGUAUAUAUUUGUAUAUAAAUUUGAUAUGCUUCGAUGAAUACACAGUGAUAUAAAAU